AACAAGUUGUAAUUUUAUAUCUGGAACCUACUAACUCUGACAUUUUCAUUUUGUCAUAGAAUUAAGGGUUUCGUCGAUCGCCGGUCGCUCUUCUCCCCGUCGAUCUCCCCUCACCUUUCUUCAUCACUGAAGUUGCACAUCAUGGCUGGCAUUGCUGGAAAUGAACACAGAGAGCCGAUCAACGAGCAGGAAGUUGCAGCCAAAUACGGCAGCAUAAGGACCGAAAUGAAUCAAAUUUACUCCAAAAUUACCGAACUAGAAAUGGAAAUAAGCGAACAUUCGUUAGUGAUCAAUGCCAUACAGCCACUCGAUCCAGCAAGGCGUUGCUACAGAAUGAUCGGAGGCGUGCUGGUGGAGAGAACCAUCAAGGAAGUGUUACCAGCCGUUCAACAAAAUAAGGAAGGAAUCGAAGUGGUAAUUUCUCGGCUUAACGAAGCUUUGGAGAGGAAGAAGAAGGAGCUGACGGAUUUUGAAUCUAAGUACAAGAUUCGGAUCAGAAAAAAUGACGGGGAACCCGUGGAUGAUAAUAGCAAGAAAGAAGGAUCGGCACAGGGAGUUCUUGUGGGUCCCGCAAAUGCGUAAUCAUUUUACGUAUGUUUUGUGCUCCUUAAUAUUUUCUUAGUUCAUGUUAUUAUUGCGUUAGCGUAAACGAUGAACACGGGAUGAUUGAAAGGUUGUAGGAUUAGAUCGUUCGUAGUUGGUGCUUUUUGGUGUUCGCUACUUUCUUGCAUCAACAAUGGGUGAAAGGGGUUAACCUCGGGUGAGUUACUUGUUUGUUUGAAUGAAAGAAAAUGUUUCCAUAAAAUAAAUGGUGAUUUCUGGGUUUUAUC